GUUGGGUUUUUGUUGGCAUGGAAGUGAAAUCCCAAGUGGAGAAGAAAGGCAAUGGUGCAGCCAAAACCCUGAGAGACUUUUUUGAACCCGCAGCAACCAAGCGUCUCAAACUAUCCAAACCCACAGAUUGUUCCUCCUCAUCACCCCUCACUCCAAAUCAGAAAUCUCGCAUCGACUUCAAUAAACUACUCGCAAAUUCCAAGCGAAAUCUCAAUCUCUGUCUCCAAUUAGUCUCCAAAUCCCAAGGUUAUGUGAAAUUGGAGGAGCUGUUAGUCGAGGAGACAUGGCUGAAAGCCGUACCGGGCGAGCUACAGAAGCCGUAUGCGACGGCUCUAUGCAAAUUUGUUGAGAAGGAGAUGAGCUGUGGGACUGUGCCAAUAUACCCACCUCAACAUUUGAUAUUCAAUGCUCUGAAUUCGACUCCUUUUGAUAAUGUUAAAGCUGUGGUUAUUGGACAAGACCCUUACCAUGGCCCUGCUCAGGCAAUGGGUCUUGCCUUUUCCAUUCCACAAGGACUUAAAAUUCCUUCUAGUCUUGCUAACAUUUUUAAGGAACUUAAGCAAGAUCUUGGCUGUUCCAUUCCUUCUCAUGGAAAUCUUCACAGCUGGGCUCUUCAGGGUGUUCUAUUGCUUAAUACUGUUCUUACAGUUAGGAGCCAUCAAGCAAACUCUCAUGCUAAAAAAGGAUGGGAACAAUUUACAGAUUCAGUAAUCAGAUCAAUUUCUCAGAGGAAGGAAGGAGUUGUGUUUCUGCUCUGGGGAAACUCAGCUCAAGAGAAAUCCAAGUUGAUUGAUGAGACAAGGCAUUAUAUUUUGAAGGCAGCACAUCCUUCUGGUUUAUCUGCAAAUAGAGGUUUCUUUGGCUGCAGUCUUGGAUUGAGCAGCCUCAGGAUACCCGGUGGAAGGCAGCAGGAUGGAUGGUUAGCCGUUUGGUGUGUGUUCUGAUGAUAUGUUGUAUUGUGUCCUCCUUCUAGUGAAUUGCCUUGUGCCACUGCUGAUACCAAAUUUGGGGAUUCCACGUAGCCUGCUUGGAAGAAGCUUGUGGCAAGACCUCUUGAAGACAUAAGAAGGCCAUUUCUCUCUGUGGCAGUGAUGUUGAGGUUAAUCUCUUCUCUAGCAGCUUGCCCUCGAAGAAUAUUCUGUGAGCUGUGACCCACGAUAUCAUCAAUAUAGACUGAUUCCAAGAUUCUCAUGUCACUAUUGAAUGUAGCAGUUGUGGUUUGUUGAUCCGAUACUGUUGUUCCCUGAUGUGUUUGCAUCUGACUAUUACUUUGUUGUUGUUGAUUGGUCGUUGCCAGUGGACUGCUUGCCUGUUUGGUUCUCAGUUGCACCAAAGAGAGUUGGCUGCUGUGUAGUAAUUUAGUCGCUCUCAUCUUCAGACUAUAGUUUGGUAUGCCAGUAUAUGGGAUCCCUGCUUCUUCCUGUUCAACUUUUGUCUGGCAUCUGUGAAUGGAAUGUCCGAACAUACCACAAUAAUAGCACAAAUCUGGUAGUUUUUCAUAUUUGAAAUCCACCCAUUCCUUGAUACCAUUGUCUGAGGUGUUAGAGAAUCCUCGUGGUAGUGGUAAGUGAAUAUUAACUUCAGCACGGAACCGGAGUAUAUGUUGUCUCCAGAGAGGAACAUGAACAUUGAUGUCAGCUUCCACAUAGGCAUGGAAGAGGCUCCCUAUACUCCUUGCAUUUUCCUCCGUUAUGUCGUCUGGAGGAAGGUUGAUCGCUUGAAUCCAGAAGGGGUUGGAAUCAAAGCGCACACGAGCUAGAGGUAUGUUACCGGGCCAUUCUUUUAUCAAAAUCAGCUGGUUCUGUAUGUUCCAUGGCCUCUCAGCCAGAAUGUAGUCGUAGUCUUCCUUUUUAGUGAGUUUCAUUGUGAAGACAUUUUCUGGAUAUCUAGCUAUGGUGAUGUCGCCUCGUAGUUUCCAUGCGUCUUCUAUCAUGUUUUGGAUUGCAAAUGUGCCAUACUUUUUGUUUUCAGUUAUGAUUUUUGCAGCCAGCAUCAGUCUUUCUUCUUGAGCAACAAGUUGUUGGUUUCGCUUGAGGGUCAAGCAGGGUUCAGUGAUAUGUAUUUGUUGUGUUCGGUUGAUGAGUUCCAUUAUUGGCCCCUGGUGCGCCAAAUUAGAUCCUGCCCGGAUGUUUUGCCCUCUUGUAUUGAUUUCUGACUGGUUCAUAGGCUGCUGAGGGGCCUUUGGUGGUUGGUUUAAAACCUUGUGGGCUGGGGCAACUCCUGUUGUGUUUCUAUUGGAGCUUUCUCCUCUGAACAAUGGUGGUCUUCCCACCAUCGCUGCAUAAGUUAUCUUUUCUUCUGAGCCUCGUGGGAGGGCCACGCUGUUUGGGACUGCUGUUGUUUGGUGUUGUUUAGCUCCGCUUUCUUCAUUGGCAUUCUUGGUCCUCCUUGGUGUUGUAUUUCUGGGUUUUGGUGGAGCUCUUGGUUUACUGUCUGUUUUUGGGGUAGUCUUCCUUGUUGGUCUGCCCUUCUUGGGUUGCUGAGUGCCUGGAAUCUGUAUAGCAUAGAAGGUGGUUACGGGGAUUUGUUGCCUCAUUUCAGUUGUCUGGUUUGGAUUGUUUAAAGGGAUUUCUGUGGUUGCUGCGUUCAGUUGAGUGAUGGUGAUGGUAUUUGGAUCAGUAGGUGUUUGAUUUGGGUUAAAACUGUUUUUCACAUCUGCUGGUGGUGAAUCGUUUCUGGGUAUAGGAAAAGGUGGAGCCAUAUUAGAUGUAUUGUUGAUCUUGUGGGUGUUGUGAUUUGUUUUUGGUUUGUGGGUUAUGGCUUUUAUACUUGAGGCGAUUAGGAUGAAGAACAGAAGGGAUAAUUGUCUUUGAAAUUUGUUCAGGUGUUUGAGUAUAAUCUGAGAUUUCCAUGAUUGAAAAAUUUGUUCAUGCAGAAGGCUAGCCGUAAUUUGUUGAAUCGAUAUGCCAUACAUCUUCCCUUGAUUUAAAUGUAGCUUGCACGAGUUGAUCUUUCCGAUGCCCAAGGUCUGAUGAUUAAGUGCCUAGGUUAUCUAGAAUUAGGGGAAUAAUUAGAAAGAUACUGGAUGUGGAUCUUUUGUUCCUUCGGUUUCUGGUAGUGUAAUUAAGAUACCUGCACUGCUGUAGAUUUACCCCCCUCGACUGGAUCCAGGUGUAAUUGCCGCACCUUUUCCAAAUUUGGGAAGAUAAACAGUGUAAGAUAGGUAAUAAUUGCUUUAUUAGAUGAUGAUGCCUGGAGAUAGACUCAUUGAGUGUGGGUGGGUGGAUCUUUAAUUGUUGAAGGCGGUGGUGGAUGGCGGAUAUUGAUCUGAAGAGAAAUUUCCUUUCCGGCGAUAAACCCUAAUUUUUAGGGAGAGAAUUUUUCCUUCCAUCCGCCUGUGUAGCUUGCUAUUAAAAAACAAUUCACUUUUUUUAUUUAAUUUACAUGAUUGAGGAAAUAUUAGUUGUAAGAUUGAUUCCUGUUUUUCA